AUGACGUUAUCACCGCCGCCAUCAAGAAGUAGCGAAAUGUUUCAACAUGAUCUUCAUCAUUUAGUAGCACAUAAUGCGAACACAUCUUAUCCGCAACCAAAGUACGAGCAAGAUGAAGGCAUACAUAUGCAGACACGUUACGGCUCGCCCCUUUCGCACGAAGAUCAAUUCGUGCGCACUCGGCAACAGCAGACGAGCUAUCCAUACCAGCAUCAACAUCAGGACUCCGGAUUAGGGAUUCAAUAUGAGUAUCAUGAUUUUCAGACACCCAUGUAUCAGGAUCAGUACAGUACUCCAGCCAGUUCACCAACUCCUUCAUCCCAAGAUAUGAUCAGAACGAGAAGUGGUCUUACGAUUCAAAGAGGUGGACAACAAACGUUGAGGCCUAUGCCUGAAGGACGUCAUCGCGCAGAAAAAUCGCCCAAAAUGAAGAAGGCUAAAAAAGAAAAGGUGAAAGCCGAGAAAAAGGUGGCCAAGCUGGAUAAGCCGUUGAGCGAGCUUACUAAAGAUUGGAAACACGUUCCAGUCGCAGAUAUCGAGACAUACGUGAAUAGGUCGGCUGAGGAACGACGAAGGGAGGUAGACGAUGGCAAGGUCCCAGGGAAAGUGAAGAGACCAAUGAAUUCUUUCAUGCUUUACCGCAAAGCAUAUCAAAAUCGCACCAAGGAUUGGUGUUUACAGAAUAAUCAUCAAGUAGUGUCCCAGGUUUGUGGUGACAGUUGGCCCUUGGAACCCGAGGCUGUAAAAGAGCAGUUCAGUGAAUGGGCUAGGAUUGAGAGAAUUAAUCACCAAAACGCACAUCCGGGAUACAAAUUUUCUCCAACGAAACCUGGCGCCGGCAAAUCCUCCAAAAGGAAGAUGUCUGAAGAUAUCGCUUCCGAUGAUUCAGAAUUGACUGAUUUUGAUUGGCAAGGAGUAGGUCAGUCAAAGAAGAGACGGAACCUUCGGAAUCCACCACGACCCAUGCAGCAACAGCCUGUCAUGUAUCCUUCGACAAGAUCCGCAUACCACUACUCUUCACGCGAACAUUCUAUGGAGCCGCACUACGGCAAUUAUAACAAAUCCUCGUAUCAAAUAGCAAAUCCAGGAAAGCAACCUCCUGCUCAGUAUAAUCAAGCAAACAUGCAAGGAGAGUAUUAUCAACAGACCAUUCACAGUAACCCCUUGGUAGCCGGCGUUGAAGACGUCAUCAUCAAGAAGACCCCAGCUCCAGGAGUUCACUCGUACCAAGUCAGUAUUCCGGGAGGACAUGAGUUCGAUAUAAUGCACCCACAGCCACACUAUACACCCUCGCCGGCGCCGGAUUUUAGGAUAGAUCCUUCUUUGAUGACCCAAGAUCAUGGCCAAUACGACAAUACCAACUAUCAUGAAUCCCAUCCUGAUGGAGUGUAUUUUGAUAGUAAUCAUGAAGCUGAGCAAGCAUGGCAGGCCGGGUACGGAAUGAAUGAUAGAGAAAUGGAUCCUGCUCUUCAUUAUCUCCCUGAACAGCAUGUAGACAAAGGGCAGAUCCAUGAUCAACACAUGGAUGUCUUGCGGGGACACCAAGAAGGGUGGCAGAUUGAAACACUAGAUAGUGGCCGAGAAUUCGACAACUGGAUGGGAGCCGGAGAGGAAUAA